AUGGAGAGAAAAGGAAGUUCUUCGGAUUUAGUGAAGACUUCUGAGGAUGUCUUAGAUGGCAAGAAAGGUGGCCUUAAAACCAUGCCUUUUAUUAUCGCAAACGAGGCAUUGGAGAGGCUUGCAAGUGUAGGAUUAAGUGCAAAUAUGAUCAUGUACCUGAAAAAUGAGUAUCACUUAACUAAUGCUAGAGGGCAAAUCACUCUUUUUUGGUGGGGUGCAAUAUCCAAUUUCACGCCUGUUUUUGGAGCUCUACUUUCUGAUUCUUACUUGGGUCGAUAUUAUGUGAUUGCUUUAGGGACAUUCAUCAGCUUUCUGGGAAUGGUGGUCCUAUGGUUAACAGCUAUAAUAAAAGAAGCAAGGCCACAUCGUUGCAAAUUAGACUCAGGAAACUGUCUAAAACCAGACAUUGGCCAACUUGCACUUCUCCUUUCAUCAUUUGCAUUAAUGGCCAUUGGAGCUGGUGGAAUUAGGCCAUGUUCAUUAGCCUUUGGUGCUGACCAAUUUGACAAUCCUGCAAAUCCGACCAACGGAAGGAUCUUGCAGAGUUUCUUCAAUUGGUAUUAUGCAUCAGUGUGCAUAUCAGUGUUGAUUUCAGUGACUGUUAUAGUGUAUAUUCAGACACAAUUUGGUUGGGUGGUGGGCUUUGGAGUACCUGCUGGUCUUAUGUUAUUAGCAACAAUUUUCUUCCUUUUGGGUUUUGGACUUUUUAUUAAGAUGAAGGCAAAGAAGAGUUUACUUACUGGUUUUGCUCAAGUUGUUGCUGUGGCUUGGAAAACCAAACACCUUUCUCUGCUUCCUGUGGAUUCUAAUGGGUGGUUUCUAAAUAAGGCAUGCAUUAUUAGAAACCCUGAGAAAGAUUUGAAUCCAAAUGGAACAGCUUCAGAUCAAUGGAACCUUUGUACAGUUCAACAAGUAGAAGAAUUCAAAGCUUUGAUCAAAGUAAUCCCAAUGUGGUCUACAGGAAUUAUGAUAGCAGUAACACUAAGCCAACAUGCAUUUCCAGUGUUACAAGCAAAUACAAUGGAUAGACAUUUGAAUAGUCACUUUGAAAUCCCAGCAGCUUCUUAUGGUUUAUUUGGGAUUAUUACAUUGACAAUAUGGAUAGCCAUCUAUGAUCGAAUCCUCGUCCCCUGGAUCUCAAAAUUCACUAAAAAACCUCGCGGAUUGACUUUCAAGCAACGUAUAGGGAUCGGGUUGUUGUUUUCUUGUGCAGCACAAGCGGUAGCAGCAUUAGUGGAAAGAGAAAGACGAGCACGAGCCCAAAAUGAAGGACUAGCAAAAAAUCCGUUGUCACAAGUGAAUAUGUCAGCAUUUUGGUUAGUGCCACAACAUUGUUUAACUGGUCUAGCUGAGGCAUUCAAUGCGAUUGGACAAAUAGAAUUUUAUUAUUCCCAAUUUCCUAAGAGUAUGGCUAGUAUUGGAGUUGCACUAUUUUCACUAGGAAUGGGAUUUGGGAAUGUUUUUGGAAGUCUAAUUGUUGAAAUUGUUGAUCAUGUUUCAAGUAAAGGAGGGAAAGUGAGUUGGGUAUCAAAUAACUUGAAUUUAGGUCACUAUGAUUAUUACUAUUGGGUUCUUUGCUUGUUAAGUGUUGGGAAUUUGUUCUACUUCAUUGUGUGUGGUUGGGCUUAUGGAUCUGAUGAAGAUACAAGAUUUUGGGAGGAAGAUCAAGCUGAAAAGAAAGGAGAGAUUGUCAUGUUGUAG